AUGUAUGAUGUUGAUCAAUUUAGUGGCUACGCCUCAAGCCCUAUAGGAAACUGUAAUAUGGUCCACACAGAGGCCAAUUUGUCGGAACUAAAAUUAAUGUUUGGGCAAACUUCUCCGACCGAUUCGUGGAACAAACGAGAAACUAGUCUUCUACCAAUACACAGCUUUGUUUUUGAUGUCCAAUGCAACAAGUUGAACUUUGGUGAUGCAUUAAUGCCCGUUAAUAUAUCAGCUUUCGGAAUAAUAUCGAACAAACAGACCACAUCUAUAGUACGCUCCACGGAUCUGCUUAGAUUUUAUAACAGAGUUGUAGGCAUCUUCAAAUUUCGUGGAGGUACCAGCGUAACCUUUCUGACUGACUUCAGAUUGCUUGAAGGUUGUUUGGAAAUAUACUCUGAAAUGAGUGCAAGGAUAGCCAAUAUUGAAGGGCUGUUUUUGACGACAUAUGAACAAUCUCAACCUUUACGUAACAGUUUUCUGUCCAAUAUUCAUCUUUAUUUCAAGUUCAACUCAUCAGACUUACGAACCUUUGCCUAUAACGAAGGGAAGAUUUGCACGUCUUUAAAUAACAAACUUCUUACAAAUCAAACAGAUCUUGAAAUAAUUCUUAUCAUAGUACUUCCGUCAAAGAAUGAUCUUCAAAAAUUGUUUUGA